CAGUAUUGUGUAAUCUGUCUCUUCCACCAUGUGGCCAUUGAGUUUUCUAGAUGCAUCCGUGGUCAAACAUGUGGCUGCAGUUUGUUUGUUUUUAACUACAUGAUAAUGUCACUUUAUUUCAAAGAAAUCAAAGGCAGCAUAAUAAGUGGUAAAACAAGAACCAGACGGCCACAAAAUCAAUCCUGGCACCCACUGUUACUUGCUGCAGCUGGUGAAGGCUUCCCUCAUUUCUUAGUCACCCAGGAAGACAACCCACAAAGGAUUUGUGUGGUUGGAAGGAGGCAGAUGAUACUUAAAGUAACGUGUAGUAUAGAGCAAGUAGCACAUCACAGUAGUUCCUUUUCCUUUCCUUUGUUGAUUUGCACGGAGGGUGAUGACAAAGAACUGGCCUUCACGCGCUGAAUUUCUUUUAACCAUUUUAAUUAGGGAAGAAAAACAGUAUUCGCUAUAGAUGCAAUCCAUUGCACAAUACAGUCUUUGCGAACAAGCCAAGAACAACUCCAGCCCCGCACAGAGGAAGCACAAGUUCCCAUUUACUGGGCACUGAUCACAGCAGUACUGGAGAAGCAGUUCUUGCCCCUGGCACCAAGGCAGCCUUUCCCUCACAGCUGUGGCAGCUUCUCUUUCAGAUCUCUACCCUCAAAAGACCUGUCCCCACCCACCAUCCUGUGUUCUGCUCAAGGACAUGGCCUUUCUGGUCCCAGGAGUGUGGCUGACUCAUCCGGAGUGGCUUUGCUUGGUUCCCUGGAAUGGCUGAGAUAAUAACUAUUUGGUGUGGCUGCUGAGCAAGUCUGGACUAGGUAACCUCCUGGAAGAGGUUGCUACGAAAACCGUGUGAAACCCUCACUUCCUCUGUGCAGCGCAGGUUCCCAACUACAAGCAGCAAAGCAGAGAAGCAAGCAGCACACAGCCCAGCAGCUGGAGCAGCAGGUAACAUGGUCUCUGAGGUGAGCGGACGCCAGGUACUGGAUGCCUCAGAUUUUGCCAUCCUCCUGGAAAACAGUAGUUGUUCCUACGACUAUGCAGAUAAUGAGAGUGGCACCUGCUGCACCUCCCCACCCUGCCUGCAGGACUUCAGCUUGAACUUCGACAAAGCCUUCCUGCCAGCCCUCUACAGUCUCCUUUUUCUGCUGGGUCUGCUGGGCAAUGGUGCCGUGGCAGCUGUGCUGCUGAGCCAGCGGGCAGCCCUGAGCAGCACCGACACCUUCCUACUCAACCUGGCCGUGGCUGACACCCUACUGGUGCUGACCCUCCCACUCUGGGCAGUGGAUGCUGCUGACCAGUGGGUCUUUGGGUCCUGCCUCUGCAAAUUGGCAGGCGCCCUCUUCAACAUCAACUUCUAUGCAGGGGCCCUCCUGCUGGCCUGCAUCAGCUUUGACCGCUACCUGAGCAUAGUGCAUGCAACCCAGCUCUACCGCCGGGGCCCCCGGGCCCGCGUGGUCCUUACCUGUGUAGUUGUGUGGGGUCUCUGCCUGCUCUUUGCCCUACCGGACUUCAUCUUCCUGUCAGCUCAACACGACGAGAGGCUUAACGCCACCCACUGCCAAUACAGCUUCCCGCAGGCAGGUCACACAGCUCUGCGCCUACUGCAACUAGUGGCUGGCUUCCUGCUGCCUCUGCUGGUUAUGGCCUAUUGCUAUGCCCGCAUCCUGGCAGUGCUGCUGCUCUCCAGGAGCCAGAGACGCCUGAGGGCCAUGCGGCUGGUGGUGGUCGUAGUGGUGGCCUUUGCCCUCUGCUGGACUCCCUACCACCUGGUGGUGCUGGUGGAUAUCCUCAUGGACCUGGGUACCUUGGCCCGCAACUGUGGCCAAGAAAGCCGUGUGGACGUGGCCAAGUCAGUCACUUCAGGGCUGGGCUUCAUGCACUGUUGCCUCAACCCUCUGCUCUAUGCUUUCAUGGGCAUCAAGUUCCGUGAGUGGAUGUGGAUGCUGUUGGUGCGUCUGGGAUGCUUUGGCCAGAGAGUGCUCCAACGACAGCAGCCAUAUUCUUCCCGCAAAGACUCAUCCUGGUCUGAGACCACAGAGGCCUCCUUCUCAGGUUUGUGAAGCUGGAAUGGGGCCUCCUCUUCUACCCACACAGCUUGACAAUCUGACUGCCUUCACACACACACACACAUUUCUCCCUCUGCUAAGCCUGCCCUGGAUCUCUCCAACAGCCUUGUUCCUGGAACUCAUUGGCAAUCGCAAAACCACCCAGUCUCUCAAGGAGCCACCCUCCUGGCUCUGGAAAACUGGCCUAGGCCUCUAGCUCAGGUGUGACUCUCCAAGCCCUCUGAAUUUGCUUACUUUCAUGUCUAAAAUCAAUAAACAAGAUGA